AUGCCAAUCACUUUUGACGGAAAAGAUCUAGAAGGUUUGGAUUUAACGCAUAACGAUCCAUUGGUCGUCGAACUCUUGAUCGGCGAAAGUGAGGUGACGAGAAUAUUGAUCGACACUGGAAGCUCAGUCAACGUCAUCUUCAGAGACGUGUUGGCCAAAAUGGAAGUCGGCGAACGGGACAUUAUGCCAGAAUGUCACUCUUUAACGGGCUUCGACGGGGAUCAUCUUAUGUCCGUCGGCACCAUCACCUUACCAAUCUUCGUUGGAGGGAUAGCCAGAUACUUCCGGUUCGCGGUUAUCGACAAGCCAACGAUCUACAACGUCAUCCUUGGAACCCCAUGGCUCCACAAGAUGAAAGCCCAAUCAAAGCAGCGGGUCAGCGACGAUAGCGCGUCACCAACAGACGGAAAGCCGACUGCCGUCCAACAGGGCGUUGCCGCGGUCGAGGAGGUGAACCUAGACGAAAACGACAAGAAACGAUGCGUGAAUAUCGGUACAGAGAUAACAGCCGCCAUGCGGAACGAGUUGAUACUUUUCCUCAAAGCCAAUAUCUCGAUGUUUGCAUGGAGCGUGACUGAUAUGAAGGGGAUCGAUCCAAGUGUCACAACCCAUGAACUCAAUGCCGACCCAACGCAUAAGCCGGUCAAGCAAAAACGGCGCAAGUUAGGUCCCGAACGAUCACAAGCAGAGAACGACGAAGUUGACAAACUCCUUGGCGCCGGGUCAAUUGUAGAAGUGAAAUAUCCCGAGUGGUUAGCUAACCCGGUGGUCGUCAAAAAGAAGAAUGGAAAGUGGCGAGUUUGCGUCGAUUUUACCGAUCUUAACAAAGCCUGUCCAAAAGAUAGUUUCCCAUUGCCAAGAAUUGAUCAACUCGUCGAGGCAACCGCCGGCAACAACCUAUUAACCUUUAUGGACGCCUUCUCUGGUUACAACCAGAUUCUAAUGCACGACCAGGAAAAAACGUCGUUCAUCACGGAUAGAGGGACCUACUGUUAUAAAGUUAUGCCCUUUGGCCUGAAAAACGCAGGAGCGACGUACCAACGGCUAGUCAACAAAAUGUUCGCCGAGCAACUCGGCCGGACUAUGGAGGUUUAUAUCGACGACAUGCUCGUCAAAUCUCAACGUGCAAAGGAUCAUAUCACUCAUCUCCGACAAUGUUUCGACACCCUAAACAAGUAUGGGAUGAAGCUGAACCCAGCCAAAUGCACCUUUGCAGUUAAGUCCGGCGAAUUUCUUGGGUACCUGGUAACCAGACGAGGCAUCGAGGCGAACCCAAAGCAAAUUAAGGCAAUCAUCGACUUGCCACUACCAAAGAAUGCCAGAGAAGUUCAACGACUAACCGGACGGAUCGCCGCCCUAAAUCGUUUUAUAUCCAGAUCGACCGACAAGUGUCUACCAUUUUACCAGCUUCUCAAAACCAAGGAGUCAGCUGUCAGUGAUGUACUCGUUAAAGACGAUCGAGAAGAGCAACGACCCGUCUUUUACAUAAGCAAAUCACUCGACGACGCGGAAACUCGCUACCCGACAGACGAGAAGGUUGCCCUAGCAGUCAUCACGUCCGCAAGGAAGCUGCGACCGUAUUUUCAGUCGCAUAUUGUCGCUGUCCUGUCCAACCAGCCUUUACGGUCUAUACUGCACAGCCCGAACCAAUCGGGUCGAUUAACGAAAUGGGCAAUCGAACUUAGUGAGUACGACAUCGAGUAUCGAACUCGUCCGGCUGCGAAGUCCCAAGUACUCGCCAAUUUUUUGAUCGAACUUCCGUUUGGGGAAGCCGAACCAACACCCAUUGACCCGUCAGACGACCGGUGGAUCCUGCAUGUGGACGGAGCAUCCUCUCAUCUUGGAUCAGGAGUAGGGAUUCGACUAACCUCGCCGACUGGUGAAAUUUUGGAGCAAUCCUUCCGUCUCCGAUUCCAAGCAACCAACAACGUCGCCGAGUAUGAAGCACUCAUCGCCGGUCUAAAGCUCGCCAACGGAAUGCAGAUCAAGCGGAUAAGAGCCUUCUGCGACUCUCAGCUCGUCGCCAAUCAGUUCAGUGGAGAAUAUGACACCAAAAGCGAACCUAUGGCCGCCUACCUUGAUGUCGUUAGGAUUUUGUCAAAACGCUUCGACGAAUUCGAGCUCAUCAAAAUUCCCAGAGGAGACAAUGCCCCGGCCGACGCUUUGGCAGCACUCGCUUCAACAUCGGAUCCCGACCUUCGGUGA